UGGCUGGUCGACGACUGGCGGCGAGUUGAGCCUCGUUGGCACAGAAAACAUGAAAGUGUACGCGAGUCGGACGAAAUGAAAGCGCGCUAGACGAUCGAAGGUAGCCAGAGAUUCGACGGUGCAAUAACAAUUGAAUUUGAAAACGCGAGGGAUCGAGUGGAGGGCCGGAAAUCGAGGAGGGAUCGCGACCCUGGGCGAAGGGUGCGACAUACAGAACGGGAACCCGGACACGAGGAGGGGCGAGGACGGUCGGGACUUCUCUCUUUCUCGAAUUCGAAUCAAUUGGAAAUCAGUCGGAACGGUUCCUGGACUCACGGCCCUGCCGCCCCGGAGAUGCAGUCGGAAUUAGUGCCGCGGGUUCACAGGUGUUUUGUGUCAACCGUGCAGGUGCCAAGUGCGGUUAUCAAUUGGUGAGAAUCACCUGUCGCCGCUUCCUAUCGCGACGCUUUAUUCCAAGCGGCCGCGUUUCAUCCGGGAUAGUGUGAACCAGUGCCCUGCAGUGAUAACCGUCCUCUUCCACCUACCGAUCGUCCCGUUUCUUCGUCACCGACUAUAACAAACGCGGUGACAAUGAAACGACCGAUUGUUAUCUCGCGGUGGUCAGGAAUUUUUCUCAUUCUAUUAGCGGAGGUGACGUACUCGACCGAUUUGGCCAUCGAGAUACCGGGAAAUUUGAGUCAAGGGGACUCGUGGUACAGGCUCGAUUACAGUCCGGCGAUCGGUUAUCCGCCGCCGAACACGAGGAUAUCGUCGGCUGAAAUUGGCGACGAGAUCAAAUUCACGAACGUUCUUCCCGGUACAAAGUACGAGUUCUGGCUCUACUACAGCAACUCGACUCUCAACGACUGGCUCACCUGGACCGCCUCGAUAACUACAGCACCCGAUCCACCCUCGAACCUCACGGUAACCGUUCGCAAUGGGAAGUCAGCUACUGUUUCUUGGGCUCAACCGGCGCAAGGAAAUUACUCUGGAUUUCGACUGCGGGUUCAGAGUUUCAGCGACACGAGUAGCCCCAAGACAAGCCUUGUUCCGGCAGAUGUGGCAACUUAUACAUUUCAGGAUCUCAUACCAGGAGCGACCUAUUCUUUGCAGUUACUCACCGUGCUCGAUGCGAACGAGAGCGUGGCCUACACGAGCAGGAACUUCACCAGUAAGCCAAACACACCGGGAAAGUUCAUCGUUUGGUUCCGGAACGAGACGACACUUCUGGUGCUGUGGCAGCCGCCGUAUCCAGCUGGCAUAUACACGCACUACAAGGUGAGCAUCGAUCCACCGGAUGCGAUCGAGUCCGUUUUGUACGUUGAGAAGGAGGGCGAACCCCCCGGACCAGCGCAGGCUGCGUUCAAAGGCCUCAUUCCAGGAAGAGCCUACAAUAUAUCGGUACAAACCGUGUCGGAGGACGAGACUUCGGCGCCAACAACUGCCCAAUAUCGAACAGUUCCACUGCGUCCGUUGAACGUCACUUUCGACAGAAGGUACCUGACUCCGACGUCUUUCCGGGUCUUCUGGGAUCCUCCGAAUGGGACGUCCGAGUUCGACAAGUACCAAGUGUCUCUCGCGACGAAGAGGCAGACUCCGGUCACCAGGAACCGGGACGACGAGAGAUGGCUCGAUUUCAAGGAUUUGGAGCCCGGAAAGAGUUAUCAGGUGAUUGUGAAGACGGUGUCUGGUAAAGUGACCAGCUGGCCAGCGACCGGGGAUAUAACGAUGGAGCCGUUACCUGUCAGAGAUCUCCGAGCUGUGAGGGACGAGGAGACUGGAAUGGUCGAGGUCUCCUGGACUCCGAAUAACGCCAGCACUCAGGACAGCUACAAACUCUCAUACGACGAGGUGGAAAGACUUACCGGCGAUACGACCUCCCUGACAGUCGAUAAAACGAAGGUAAAGGUCACGUUGGACGCGCUUCUUCCUGGUCGGAAUUACUCGAUAAGUGUCCAGGCUAUGAGCAACAAGGCCGAAUCAGUUGAGUCGGUGAUAUACCAAGUGACCCGACCGGCCAGUCCGAUCAUCGAGGACCUUAAAUCAAUCGAAAAGGGACUGAACAUAUCUUGGAAGAGCGACGUGAACUCGCGUCAGGAGAAGUUUGAGGUCACUCACAACAGAAAUGACACUGGGGAGAGCACAACGACCUCGACUAUCGAGUCCCACAUCGAUCUAAAGGACUUGUUUCCGGGCGCAGGGUACGAAAUUCGGGUCGUCGCGAUCAGUCAUGGCCUUAGAAGUGAGCCCCACGUCCACUUUCAGGCUGUCCUCCCUCAUCCGCCGAAGAAUUUGAGCAUUGAAAAAGUGAGGAGGAACGGGGUUGUCGUACGAUGGGAGGCACCGACAGAUUCCAUGUUCACGGAAUUUGCCAUUCGUUAUCAAACCGAGGAUGAUACCACCUGGCAUGAUGUGGCGAGCUUGAGCAAUACCGAGGCUGAAAUAGACGACAUGACACCCGGUGAACGGUACAUUAUCAGGGUAAACACGGUCAGCUUCGGAGUCGAGAGCUUGGAUUCGCUGCAAGUAAAUCAGACAAUUCAACCAAAUCCAGUAUUAAACAUCACGCUGACGUCGGACUCUACCAAUGUUACCUUGGAAUGGCCGAGACCAGAGGGCAGGAUAGAGACGUAUGUGAUAAGAUGGUGGCUAGUGAGUGAUAGCGAUUAUGUUCGUACGAAGAACGUCACAGAGAGUAUGGUUUCCGCUGCUGCCGCUGCUGGUCCGAAGGAAGGUGUGCAAUUGAGGAAGGAACUGAUUGGCGAGCUGAUACCAGGGAUGGAGUACUCGUUCUCGGUUUACACUGUGUCCUACAACCUGGUCAGUGACGUGACCAAUCUCACUACGAGAACAAUGCCGUUGAUCCAGUCCGAACUCCUGGUUGUCAUCGAUAAAAAUUACCCCGACUCAUUGACCCUUCGUUACACACCGACGCCAGUACAGUCAUCUCGUUUCGAUCUUUAUCGGUUCAGUAUCAGCGACUCCAACAAUACCGUGAAAGAAAAAAUGGUUAACGACACCGAUAACAAGGUGACGUUCAACGGUUUGAUACCGGGAAAAUUGUACAACGUAACUGCCUGGACGGUUAGCGACAACGUCGAGAGUCAACCGUUGCUCAGGCAGGACAGAUUAUUCCCAGAACGAGUGACGAGGAUACACGCGGUGAACAUAAACGAUACGAGGAUAACGUUGGAGUGGGAUGUGCCUCGAGGCGAAUACGAUGCGUUUGAAGUGCAGUACAUAAUCACGGACGAAAGCAUGAACGAGAGCCUGAUACAAAACGUGACAAAUCGCAACUCGAUUACCAUAACCAAUCUGAGGCCUCAUCGGAAUUACACAUUCACGCUGGUCGUGAUAUCCGGAACUGAGUCGACCUUCCUGAAAACAUCAAGUCCAGUAAGCGCCAGCUUCACCACGAGUGAAUCUUAUCCGGGAAAAGUCGAAGUGUUCCAACCUUCGAACGUAUCGCCAAGCGACAUCACCUUCGAGUGGUCACUGCCGAGCCAGGAGCAGAAUGGAGUCAUUCGGAAGUUCAGCAUCACGUACGGACUGGAGGGCUCGACUCACACGCAAGUCAAGGACUUUAGACCGAGCGAGUUCCAGGGCGUGAUUAAAUCUCUGAUACCAGGAAAGACGUACAUAUUUCGAAUCCAGGCGGAAACGAGGAUCGGCUUUGGGCCUGAGGUCGUUUGGAAACAAAAAAUGCCAAUUCUGGCGCCUCCGAAGCCUCCGACUCAGGUCGUACCCUCGGAGGUAUGCAGGAGCAGCACCACCAUCCAGAUACGUUUCAGGAAGAACUACUUCAGUGAACAGAACGGCGCGGUCAUUUCCUAUACCAUCAUCGUUGCCGAGGACGACAGCAAAAAUGCUUCCGGCCUGGAAAUGCCCAGCUGGAAAGACGUCCAGGGGUACAGCAUCUGGCCUCCGUAUCAGGUAAUGGAACCUUAUUACCCGUUCAAAAAUGGAUCCGUCGAGGACUUUACGAUCGGUGGAGAAAAUUGCGACGGUAAAACCGGCUACUGUAACGGCCCGUUGAAAUCUGGCUCGACUUACAAAGUAAAGGUCCGGGCAUUCACGGCUCCUGACAAGUUCACGGACACCAGCUACAGUUUUCCUAUUCAGACAGGAUUACUAGUCGCAGACAAGGACAACACAGCCAUCAUUGUCGGUGUCACGGUCCCAAUCGUUUUACUACUGACAUUCUUAGGGCUCGGUUUGAUAAUAAGACGGCGGAGAAGUCAAGGUAGAAAAACUACGGAAACACGAGUGACCGACGACCUAUCGUUGCCUGGAAGUGUAAUUGAGAUAAGCCGUCCAAUUAGGGUAGAAAAUUUCGCGGAUCACUACCGGAUGAUGUCCGCGGAUUCCGAUUUCCGUUUCUCGGAGGAGUUUGAGGAGCUUAAACACGUUGGCAGGGAUCAGCCCUGCACGGCAGCCGAUCUACCCUGCAAUCGGCCGAAGAAUCGCUUCACCAACAUCCUGCCGUACGAUCAUAGCAGGUUCAAAUUGCAGCCAGUCGACGACGAGGAAGGUUCGGACUACAUAAACGCGAACUACGUGCCGGGUCACAACUCACCGAGGGAGUUCAUCGUCACUCAAGGACCGCUGCAUUCGACGCGUGGCGACUUCUGGAGAAUGGUUUGGGAGAGUAAUAGUCAGGCAAUAGUUAUGCUGACGCGUUGCAUAGAGAAGGGAAGAGAGAAAUGCGAUCGUUACUUUCCCGAGGACACGCUUCCGGCAUACUACGACGAGAUUUGCGUCACGAUGUUAAACGAGUGGCAGUAUCCCGACUGGCGAAUAAGGAACUUCAUGUUGUGCAAGGGUAAAGUUGAGCGGGAAAUUCAGCACUUCCACUUCAUGACCUGGCCCGACUUCGGGGUCCCAAGUCCACCUCAAACCUUGGCGAGAUUCGUGAGAGCGUUCAGAGAACGCGUUGGGCCCGAUCAGAGACCCAUCGUGGUUCACUGCAGCGCCGGGGUCGGCAGGAGCGGGACCUUCAUCACUUUGGACAGGAUACUGCAACAGAUUUUGGUCUCGGAUUACGUCGAUAUAUUCGGCAUUGUCUGCGCCAUGAGGAAGGAGAGAGUUUGGAUGGUGCAAACCGAGCAGCAGUACAUUUGCAUACAUCAGUGUUUACUCGCUGUUUUGGAAGGGCAGGACAACAUUGGACCGAUCAGGGAAAUUCAUGACAAUCAAGGAUUCGAAGGGAAGAACCGAAGCUCUGUUGAAAAUUCAAAGAACCCAGCCGAGGCUGAGAAGGAAAGGUGACCUUCAGACUCUGGUCAUUCCUCCGACGAGGAUGACGAGGGUAUAGCCGAAUCAGGAAUGUAACGAGUUCGCCGAGCGGAUUAUCAUUUCCGUCAGAGAAACCUCUCUUUUACGGUAUAUCGCGGUUGGAUCAGCGAAUCGAGAGCAUCGAGACGCCUGCUGCUGUAUA